CGGCAGCUGCGGCAGCGCCGGCGGCUCUCAGCGGCUGGAGCCGGAUCCUGUAACCGGGGUGUGGGCCCGCGUCAGUCCGUCCCUCCUUCGGCCCCCUCUCGUCUUCCGGAGUGUGGCUGGCGGAGCCGCGAUGGCGGAGCGAGGCCUGGAGCCGUCGCCGGCCGCGGUGGCCGCGCUGCCCCCCGAGGUGCGGGCGCAGCUGGCUGAGCUGGAGCUGGAGCUGUCGGAGGGGGAUAUCACACAGAAAGGAUAUGAAAAGAAGAGGUCCAAACUUCUGUCUCCUUACAGCCCACAGAUCCAAGAAACUGAUUCAACAGGACAAAAAGACAGAAACCAGACUCCUGCUCCCACUCCGGCUCAGACUUCUGCUCCUUCCAAAUAUCACCGAUCUCGAUCUGGAGGGGCCAGAGAUGAGCGAUACAGAUCAGAUAUCCACACAGAAGCGGUUCAGGCUGCUCUGGCAAAGCACAAAGAACAAAAAAUGGCUUUGCCCAUGCCCACCAAAAGGCGGUCCACAUUUGUCCAGUCUCCUGCGGAUGCUUGCACUCCUCCCGACACGUCUUCGGCCUCUGAGGAUGAGGGCUCUCUGAGACGCCAGGCUGCGCUCUCUGCUGCCCUGCAACAAAGCUUGCAGAAUGCCGAGUCCUGGAUCAACCGCUCAGUCCAGGGAUCGUCCACCUCUUCAUCCGCAUCUUCUACGCUGUCCCACGGAGAGGUCAAAGGAACCAGUGGGUCUCUAGCUGAUGUAUUUGCCAAUACCCGAAUAGAGAAUGUCUCAGCUCCUCCUGAUGUCACUGCAACUACCUCUUCCUCUUCCUCACUUCGCCCAGCAAACAUUGACCUGCCACCUUCUGGCAUAGUUAAAGGCAUGCACAAAGGAUCCAACAGAUCCAGCCUUAUGGACACGGCUGAUGGUGUUCCUGUCAGUAGCAGAGUAUCCACGAAAAUCCAGCAGCUUCUCAGCACACUGAAACGACCCAAAAGACCCCCCUUAAAGGAAUUUUUUGUGGACGACUCUGAAGAAAUUGUGGAAGGUAUACCUCGGCCAGAUCCCAACCAACCAAAGCCUGAGGGCCGACAAAUGAUGCCAGUGAAGGGAGAGCCCCUUGGAGUCAUCUGUAACUGGCCCCCUGCGCUGGAGUCUGCCCUGCAGCGCUGGGGCUCCACCCAAGCCAAGUGCCCCUGCCUGACUGGGCUGGACAUGUCUGGGAAACCAGUAUAUACGCUCACAUACGGGAAGUUGUGGAGCAGAAGUUUAAAGUUGGCUUACACGCUGCUUAAUAAACUGGGGACCAAAAAUGAGCCUGUGUUAAAGCCUGGAGACAGGGUUGCCUUGGUUUACCCCAACAAUGAUCCAGUCAUGUUUAUGGUGGCUUUUUAUGGAUGUCUUCUGGCAGAAGUGAUUCCAGUACCUAUAGAAGUACCACUGACCAGAAAGGAUGCUGGAGGUCAGCAGAUUGGCUUCUUGCUAGGGAGCUGUGGGAUUGCCUUAGCUCUCACCAGUGAAAUUUGUCUGAAGGGCCUGCCAAAAACCCAGAAUGGAGAAAUUGUACAGUUUAAAGGUUGGCCUCGGCUCAAGUGGGUUGUAACAGAUUCCAAGUACCUUUCAAAGCCUCCCAAAGACUGGCAGCCCCACAUCUCACCCGCUGGUACAGAACCAGCAUACAUCGAGUAUAAAACAAGCAAAGAAGGGAGUGUAAUGGGAGUCACAGUGUCCCGACUUGCAAUGCUGUCCCACUGCCAAGCUCUGUCACAGGCCUGCAAUUAUUCUGAAGGAGAAGCCGUAGUAAAUGUUUUAGACUUUAAGAAGGACGCUGGACUGUGGCAUGGCAUGUUUGCGAAUGUCAUGAAUAAGAUGCAUACAAUUAGCGUACCCUACUCUGUUAUGAAGACCUGUCCUCUCUCGUGGGUCCAGAGAGUCCAUGCCCACAAAGCCAAAGUAGCUCUUGUGAAGUGUCGAGACUUACACUGGGCCAUGAUGGCACACCGGGACCAAAGGGACGUAAGCCUGAAUUCUCUGAGGAUGCUGAUUGUCACUGACGGCGCCAAUCCCUGGUCUGUGUCGUCCUGUGAUGCUUUCCUGAGUCUAUUCCAAAGCCACGGACUGAAGCCUGAAGCCAUCUGUCCAUGUGCCACGUCUGCUGAGGCCAUGACUGUAGCCAUCCGCAGGCCUGGGGUUCCAGGGGCUCCCUUACCAGGAAGAGCCAUUCUCUCAAUGAAUGGAUUGAGCUAUGGGGUAAUACGGGUCAAUACUGAAGAUAAAAAUUCAGCCCUGACAGUCCAGGAUGUGGGACACGUGAUGCCUGGAGGCAUGAUGUGCAUUGUGAAACCAGACGGACCUCCUCAGCUCUGCAAGACAGAUGAAAUCGGAGAGAUCUGUGUUAGCUCCAGAACUGGAGGGAUGACAUACUUUGGACUUGCUGGUGUGACCAAAAAUACAUUUGAGGUGAUUCCUGUGGCCUCUUCAGGCUCUCCUGUGGGAGAUGUGCCCUUCAUCCGGUCGGGACUGCUCGGCUUCGUAGGACCGGGUAGCUUGGUGUUUGUGGUUGGGAAGAUGGAUGGACUGCUCAUGGUUAGUGGUCGGAGACACAACGCUGACGACAUUGUUGCUACGGGACUUGCUGUCGAGUCCAUCAAGACCGUCUAUCGAGGGAGGCACACUGGCCUUCUUGCUGUUCCUCAAACCUGCCAAGCUCGUCCCUACCUCAGAACCUUUCCGCUUUCCGUUCCUUCUGCCCGGAAUCCUCUUCCUCCAGAUCUCCGCGUGGCUCGCGUCCUCACCUCAUUCAGAAUUGCUGUGUUUUCUGUGUCUGUAUUUUAUGACGAGCGCAUUGUGGUGGUGGCAGAGCAAAGGCCCGAUGCGUCUGAGGAAGACAGCUUCCAGUGGAUGAGCCGUGUGCUGCAGGCAAUUGAUAGCAUCCAUCAAGUAGGCGUUUACUGCCUUGCUCUGGUGCCUGCCAACACAUUACCAAAAACUCCACUAGGAGGAAUCCAUAUAUCUCAGACAAAACAGCUCUUUCUGGAGGGAUCUCUGCACCCGUGUAAUAUCCUCAUGUGUCCACAUACAUGUGUGACGAACUUGCCCAAACCCCGACAAAAGCAGCCAGGUGUCGGCCCUGCUUCUGUGAUGGUUGGGAAUCUGGUUGCAGGUAAACGCAUAGCACAAGCUGCAGGAAGGGACCUGGGGCAAAUUGAAGAGAAUGAUCUUGUGAGGAAGCACCAGUUCCUGGCAGAGAUUUUGCAGUGGCGAGCUCAGGCAACUCCUGACCAUGUACUCUUCAUGCUGCUAAAUGCCAAGGGAACUACUGUGUGCACAGCCAGCUGCCUUCAGCUUCAUAAGCGAGCUGAGAGGAUUGCAUCAGUACUUGGUGACAAGGGACAUCUAAAUGCAGGGGACAAUGUGGUAUUGCUCUAUCCACCUGGCAUCGAGUUAAUCGCUGCAUUCUAUGGCUGCCUGUACGCGGGGUGUGUACCUGUGACUGUGCGCCCCCCCCAUGCUCAGAACCUCACCGCCACAUUGCCCACGGUGCGCAUGAUCGUUGACGUCAGCAAAGCAGCGUGUAUUCUCACCACUCAGACUCUGAUGAGGUUGCUGAAGUCUCGAGAGGCAGCCGCAGCUGUGGAUGUGAAAACCUGGCCAACUAUCAUUGACACAGAUGACUUACCCAGGAAACGGUUACCUCAGCUGUAUAAACCACCCACUCCUGAGAUGUUGGCAUAUCUUGAUUUUAGUGUCUCCACAACUGGCAUGCUUACAGGAGUAAAGAUGUCCCACUCUGCUGUCAAUGCUCUCUGUAGAGCCAUCAAACUCCAGUGUGAGCUGUACUCCUCUCGGCAGAUCGCCAUCUGUCUUGACCCGUACUGUGGACUUGGCUUUGCACUCUGGUGUCUCUGCAGUGUCUACUCCGGGCACCAGUCCGUCUUGAUUCCUCCUCUGGAGCUGGAAAACAACCUUUUCCUCUGGCUCGCCACCGUCAACCAGUACAAGAUAAGGGACACUUUCUGCUCCUACUCCGUGAUGGAGCUCUGCACUAAAGGGCUGGGGAACCAAGUGGAGGUGCUAAAGACCAGAGGGAUCAACCUCUCCUGCAUCAGGACCUGUGUGGUGGUCGCAGAGGAGCGACCACGCAUCACCCUGCAGCAGUCCUUCUCCAAGCUCUUUAAAGACGUUGGUCUGUCCCCUCGAGCUGUCAGCACCACGUUCGGCUCCAGAGUCAACGUAGCAAUAUGUUUACAGGGAACCUCGGGGCCUGAUCCGACGACUGUGUAUGUAGACCUGAAGUCGCUGAGACAUGAUAGGGUCCGACUUGUGGAACGGGGUGCCCCCCAGAGCCUCCUGCUCUCCGAGUCUGGAAAGAUCUUACCUGGAGUAAAAGUUGUUAUUGUUAAUCCUGAGACCAAAGGACCUGUGGGAGACUCUCACCUGGGGGAGAUCUGGGUGAAUAGCCCCCAUACAGCUAGUGGCUACUAUACCAUCUACGAUAGUGAGACUCUUCAAGCUGACCAUUUCAACACCCGCCUGAGCUUCGGUGAUGCUGCGCAGACCCUCUGGGCCCGGACAGGAUACCUUGGGUUUGUCCGCAGGACGGAGCUUACAGCAGCCACUGGAGAGCGCCAUGAUGCCUUGUAUGUUGUGGGUGCACUGGAUGAGACACUGGAACUGAGAGGAUUGCGGUACCACCCAAUUGACAUCGAGACCUCCGUGUCCCGAGUCCACAGGAGCAUUGCUGAAUGUGCUGUGUUCACGUGGACCAACUUGCUCGUGGUGGUGGUGGAACUGUGUGGCUCUGAGCAGGAAGCACUGGACCUGGUUCCUCUGGUGACCAAUGUGGUUCUAGAAGAACAUUACCUCAUCGUUGGAGUUGUGGUUGUGGUGGACCCUGGGGUCAUCCCCAUCAACUCCAGAGGAGAGAAGCAGAGGAUGCACCUCCGAGACAGCUUCCUGGCUGACCAGUUAGACCCUAUAUAUGUGGCUUAUAACAUGUAGCCAGCCCGUAGGGGCCGUCCUGAGUGUCAGACAGACUGAAGACCCGUGGCUGGGGGAAGGCUUGCCGCUAACAUGAAGAUGGCUCCAGUGUAGCCUUCAUCUCAUCUUGUGGGAUUCUGCAGUCACAGAACACCCAGGAAAGGGGAAUUCUGUGGUUGCAACGAAAACAUGUUAGCAGUGCGUCAGACCUGACUCUGGCAUCUGCGACAGCACGUUACUAAAGCAGUUACAUGCAUGUUGCAUUUUCCUCAACUGGUAUACAUACCUGUAUUUUUACCUAAUGUUUUAGACUUUUAUAAGGGAGUUUAAUGAAUUCAUAUGAAGGGGUAAUCUGUGUGCACAGUUCCCCACUCUGUACUGUAUUUUGCCAUUUUCCUGUAGUCAGGUGUUCUGCGAGGUUUCUUCAAUCGAAACCGCCAAGCUUGAGUCAGCCCAUAGCAAAUCAGACGAUCACGUGAGAGCUGCUCUGUACGGCUAGUUGUCAGUCACGAGCAUCUGACCCGUGUUUAAACGUGUAAAUAAGAGUGUGCAUAACUCGGCUAAGGAGCUGAGCAGUCGGCUCGCCUAACUGCAGCUGGUGUAGCCCGAGCUUCCACCGCCCGGUGUGGUAGGACUGCCUGGCCCAGCAGGGCAGCGCCUCCUGUCUGCACGAGAGCUACCUGCAUUGGUUUUCAAAACUUGUAUUCCCAGAAUUAGCUUAAGCUUCUAAGGAUUCUUUAACCCAUUCCUCUGAGCUGAGAAAAAAAAAAAUCUCAUUUCGGGAUUUUAGAGGUAGCUAAGAUUCAUCAAUUCCUAACCUACUCUACGGAACCAUGGUAGUUCACUCGGGCCAGUGUUGAAACUCUCCGCGUUUAGAGUGACUGUGGAUAACUGUGAGUUGUGCUCUUUCCAUGCUCGGUAUCUGCAGAUUACAUGUAGAGCUUCCCCUACCCAGGAAAACUGAGGAGCGAGCUCAUGGACUGUAGGCCACAUGUGCACAUCUUAACACUAACCAGUCUGGGCUGCCAGGAUAGCCAGCCGGCUCCUCGGAAACAGGGAAGUCUGAUGUAUGCAAGAAACUCUUUUGAAAUAACUGGUGCCUGGGCCACACUCAGUGUGGGACUGAGUUUGACCUUAGGCUCAGUUCCCUUUCUUUGGUCUGAAACUUCAUGUAUUUGAAUAUAGUUAAAUUUUAUUAUUUUUUUCUUACAGAAAUAUUUUUAAAAAUUAAAGAAAACUUCAAGUAAAAGAAUUAACCUGUUAAGUCAGAACGGUUCUCUUUGACCCGUUCCGGUCUAUUGUGUAAAUAUUUAUUUAGACUAUUUUGAUAAUACAUGUUAUUUACCCCACUGUAACAUCCUGUAAACUAAAUGUGUUUUUAAGCAAUUUGUAAGACUUGUAAUUACCCUAAAAAUAAGGUUUAUUAAGCAAAGACCAGAUUCUUCAUCAGGGCAGUACUCCUGGGUUGCCUUCAAGCUCAUGACUCAGCCGCUAUGGCCCCUUCUCCAUAUCCUCAUCCUCCCGGCUCCUGCUCCACAGAAGGAGGACCUCCAGAGAGAGCUUCUACUUCAGGACCUUUGCAUUCUGGGUAGGACUGGUUUGCAUGUGAUGAGGGAGGUUUUGGGGUGUACAGGAAAGGGGUGUCUCCUGGGAAGGGUGAUGUCCCAUCCAGAGACCCCUUCAUCUACAAAGGAAACAGCCUGCUUAAUUUAGAAGUCUUAAACUGUUUUGCUUUGUUUAUUUUUUUUGAGACAGGUCUUUCUACAUAGCCCAGGCUAACCCUGAACACCGUCCCCGUGCUGGGAUUGCAGUCAUAAGUAAACUCUUAAACCAGUUUGUGAUGAUUUAUUAAGCAAAGCAGGGGCCUGGUCAACAGUUCUAUGUCAAUAAUCUGCAAAUUCUAAGUUAUCAUCUUGAAUGAUAACUUUUUUUUUAAUUUUGAUUUUUUUGAGACAGGGUUUCUAUGUGUAACAGUCCUAGCUGGCCUGGAACUGGCUCUGUAGAGCAGGCUGGCCUUGAACUCAUGGAGAUCCACCUGUUUCCCAAGUGCUGGGUUUAAGGGUGUGAACCACCACAGGCGGCUCUUGAAUGGUAACUCUUACAAAUGCACAUUAUUAACUUGGUAUCACCAGUCAGGAACACAUUGCAGUAAAUGUAAUGUGAGCCACAUCUCUAAUUUCAACUUCCCUAAUAACCACGCUUUAAAAAGAGCUUUCAUUGUGUAACGCUAGCUGCCUCCUCCCUCUGUGGACCAGGUUGGUGACAAAUUCACAAAGAUCUUCCUGCCUCUGCUUCCUGAGUGCUGGGAUUAAAUAUGUGCGCCACUGUACUACCCAUCUGAACACAUCUUCUAAACAUUUCUUAAAGAAUAUGGCAUUGAUUUUAAUAUAUUUACUAAAAGUACUAUUUCAUUGAUAUAAAAUUAUUGAAUUUUUUUUAAUUUUGGAAAUCUUAUGUGUAGUAAACAUGUUUUAGUUCAGACUAGCCACUUCAGGCCUCAGUGACCAAAUGUGACUAGUGGCUGUCAUCAUUCCUUCACACACAGGACUGUAGCCUGGUCAUCUCACUGUGACCAGCUCUCAGUACUUAGGGUGAUUGUCAAGUUGUCAUUGCCAGGUCGUCUUUUUAAAAACGAUGCUGGGGUGGAACAUAGGACCCAUGGUGAGCUCACCCUUCCUAGCCCAGGCUGGCCUGGAACCCCUGCUCUUCUUUCCUGUCCAGAGUGCUAAGAUUGCAGCAGACCCUUUCUGACCAUGACUAGUCUCCCCCGCCCUCCCUUGCUUUGGGCCCAUCCCCUGAACCCAGAUUGUACUAGCAGAGAACAACUGAGCGCUUCCCCUGGGAGCCUCAUCACUGCUCCCUCCUCGAUGGGCUCUGCUAGACCCUGCAGUAGACCUUAACAAGAGUUUCUCCUUACACAGCACUGGAAACUUCCUGGCUGAACUGACAGUGAAAGCAGCCUUGAAAUGAAGUCUGUCAUUAACAAAUCAAAACAGCCUGCAGCCCUGCCUAACCGCUGGACAUGGGGGCUAGGCUGAGCCUAGUUACACAAAGGAAAACUCUUUUUUUUUAGUUUUUAUUUUGUGUUUAUGUGUGUAUAAUAGGAUUUUACUGUAUAGCCCCUGCUGGCCUCAAACUUGAGGCUCUUGCCUCAGCCUUCCAGUGGCGAAAUUACAGGCUUGUGCAACCGACCACACUUGGCAAGAGCAAUCUUCUCAUCUGGAAAUCUGUGAGCUUUUGUCUGGCCCUCAGGAGAGUGACUGAGAUGGAGCAGCUGCACACAUGCCAUCCUGUGCAUCUGAGCUUUCAGAAUGCCCACCAUGCCCACAGAGACCCUGUUCUCCCCAGUACAAGUCCUUCAGUGUGCGGUCGUACAGAUUCAGCUGCUGAGAACCAAGCCUGUCUCCUCACUGUAGUUCUUUGGCAGUGCUUGCUUAACGCUCUCCUGGAAUCCCAAGGGCCUGAGGCCUUAGGCUCCUGUUAAGGUCUUUGCCCCAAGCAUGGUGCUCAGUAUCUUGGCCAAAUAAGUUACUUUCCUUGAAUAUCCGAGAAUUUUAAAGUAAAGCAAUGGGGACUUAUUCCUCUUACCCUGGAACUCCAGUAUAACUAACUGCCUUAGAGUGGUCCAUGUCAUGUUUUCAUGUGAAACCCAGAGUGUCUGGAGCCGGCGGCUGCAGUCCUCCAUAUGCACAGUAGGCCUUGGCUUUCACUCAACAGUUCUGACUUAGACGUGUGUAGGAUGGGCAGUAAGAUUUGUCCUGAGGAAGAGACUGCAAAGACAUGAAGUUUUUAGUCAUAAAUGCUGUUUUGUUUACUUUCUGUCAAGGUGAUAUUUACCCCUGUCAAAUUCAAACUAUAGUACUGUGUAAUUAUGUAUAAAGGUUUUUUUUUAUUUAUUUGAAAUUAGAUUAGAUAUACAUUUUUAAAUUUAACAUCUGGCUGGACAGUGUUCUAUUAACUCAUUGAAUGUGUUUCCUUUGUCUUGUGUUAAUAAAUAUUGAUGCUUGA